ACUAGCAAGCGAGCGAGGAAACUGGUUUGGUUUUGUGGGGCUUGCACCACUGCACCGCUCUUUCAGCGAGACAGUCCAAUUUAUGCAUUACGGCUAUGUAGGCACUACACGAUAUCAAAACGCUGCGCCCGGGCUUACUCCACUUACUGUCAUCAUCGUUGCAAUAUUAUCAGAACUUUGCAAGUGCCUACAAGACUAAAUUCACUGCAUUACAUCUUCUUUGGUUCUACAACAAAGUGUUUAUAUUUUUUUAAACAUAUUAGAACACAGUGGCAUAUAAUAAACCGCGAAAGUGAAGCGAGAUACACAACACGUUUGAACACGCGUUAACAUUGGUGGAAUCCGGAAUAUGAAUUUUAUAUCAGUUAGAGGAUUGUGACUGUUUUGUGACGUAUCUGGUGCUCCGUCAUAUAAUUUGCUCAAAAUUAAUACUGUGAAGAUUUCGAAUCUCGUACAGCUAUGGCAGAAGGAAAUGGGGAAAUAAAAAUGGAAGAAAAACAGUCUAAAGAGGAAAUGGAAUAUGUAGAAAGAACAGAAGACUUUUCAAAACUAAUCCAAUACGGACUGGAUGAAAAAGUAGCUGCAAAAUUGGAUGAAAUUUAUAAAACAGGAAAAUUAGCUCACGUGGAUUUGGAUGAAAGAGCAUUGGAUGCUUUAAAGGAAUUUCCUGUCGAUGGCGCGUUAAAUGUACUCACACAAUUUCUGGAAUCAAAUUUAGAACACGUAUCAAAUAAAUCUGCGUACCUUUGUGGUGUAAUGAAAACAUAUAGACAAAAGAGUAGAGCUGGUCAAGGCACUAGUACCAGCACAACUCCUAAAGCACCAGACGAGGAUAAAAUAAAGAUGAUUCUCGAAAGAACCGGUUAUCCUCUGGAUGUAACAACGGGACAAAGAAAGUACGGAGGGCCUCCUCCAAACUGGGAAGGUCCUACACCAGGAACCGGUUGCGAGGUGUUUUGUGGAAAAAUUCCAAAAGAUAUGUACGAAGACGAGUUGAUUCCAUUGUUUGAAAAAUGUGGAAAAAUUUGGGAUUUAAGACUAAUGAUGGAUCCAAUGGCAGGUUGCAACAGAGGAUAUGCAUUUAUCACUUUUACUAACAGGGAAGCAGCACAGCAAGCUGUUAGGGAGCUGAAUGAUUAUGAGAUUCGGAAAGGGAAAAAGAUUGGUGUUACCGUAUCUUAUAACAAUCACCGCUUGUUUGUGGGAAAUAUUCCAAAGAAUCGAGACCGAGAUGACUUGUUCGAAGAAUUUACAAAGCACGCACCUGGCCUGACCGAGGUGAUUAUCUACAGUUCACCGGACGAUAAGAAGAAAAAUAGGGGUUUUUGCUUCUUAGAAUAUGAAUCUCACAAAGCAGCUUCCUUAGCGAAACGAAGACUAAGCACCGGUCGCAUCAAGGUGUGGAGCUGUGAUAUCAUAGUCGACUGGGCAGAUCCUCAGGAAGAGCCAGAUGAACAAACCAUGUCUAAAGUGCGCGUACUGUAUGUAAAGAAUUUGACGCAAGAUUGUUCCGAAGAAAAGUUGAAAGAGUGUUUCGAAGAAUACGGUAAUAUCGAAAGAGUGAAGAAGAUCAAGGAUUACGCUUUCGUGCAUUUUGAAGAACGAGACAAUGCUGUUAAGGCAAUGAACGAACUAAAUGGAAAAGAAAUCGGAGGUUCUCACAUAGAGGUAUCGCUCGCGAAACCACCGUCCGACAAAAAAAAAAAAGAAGAAAUGCUUCGUGCAAGGGAGCGAAGAAUGUUACAAAUGUUGCAGGGUCGGAGCGGAGGUUCCCCGUCGCAUCCGAGUAUGAUGGGAGGACCGAUGCCAGUUCGCGGACCUGGCCAGGGUCCUCGUGGCACUGGUGCAGGUAUGCGAGGACAAAUGGGACGAGGCGAUUAUGAUUAUGAUUACGAGUAUUACGGUUAUGGGGAUUAUCGAGGUGGCUACAGUGAUCCAUAUUACGAUGACUAUUAUCGAUACGAAGAUUACUAUUUCGAUUACGCGCCGCCUCCGCCACCUGCCAGAGGGAGAGGCAGGCAGCCUCAACCGGCUGGACGUGGCCGUGGAGUAGUGCCGCGUGGCCGAGUCGGUGGUCCGCAAACCCGUGGGCCAGUCAGGGGGGGACGCAACCCCGCAACUUCAGGGGCCCGUGGGGUCCAGCGGCUGUCCGCUCGUGGGGGGGUCCGCGCCAAGGGAAGUUUACCAGGUGAGGAUGCAGGUAAACGAAAAUUUGACGGGGGUCACCAGAACCAGGGGGAAUCUAAGCGUCGCUUCCAGAGCAACUGGGGAAACCAACCCCUCGCCCAACAACCACUGGGCAAUGCGUACGGAUUGGCGAGUGUGAAUGGUGGUAGUGGUGGUGGUGGCGGUGACAUUGGAUUCGGAGGCAGAACCGCUACGCUCGGCGGCGUUUCCGACGAAGAUCACGAAUGGUAUCAAGACUCAUACCAGGCGUGGAGCUAACUUCUGCAAGUCUGUGAGUGAAUACGCACGUACACAAGCACGCACGCAUGCACGAACGAACGAACGAAAUCAACGAAACAACAACCGGGACGGGAAUCGAACGAACAAAUACGUACGAGACGGAAGGGAAUACAACAAAUAUCGAGAACGUUGCUGCGCAACAGAAGAGGCAGAGGAUAGCGACAAGAAGGUGGAAGAGAGGUAAUCGGGAAAAUAAACACGAGGAAAGCGAACAAUAAUAUAACGAUGGGAGGGAUAAAUGAAUAGAGAGAUCGAUGGGAGGGAAUGGAAGUUGAUUCGCUUUAUACACAUUAUUUACUCUAUCGAUCUGAUGAUUGUAAAUGUUUUCGUAUAUAUUUAACAAAACCGCACGUACGAACGGAACACGAACGUAAAGAAUUAAUGCGCGUUAAAGCAUCGUGCUCUCGGCGCCACCACCAUCGCCCCGCUGUUGUUGUUGUGAUUACGUAUACAGUGAUGUGCCACUGGGACUAAUUAUUACAUCGGAGUGACCACCCAACAACCCACCCCGUACUAUUAUUAUAUAUAUAUAUACACAUACAUAUAUAUAUAAUACGAUAAUACUAAGUACCGCUACUGCAUUGUCACAUUGUUUACUGCCAAGUGAUACGAAGAUCGGCGAUGUUGACAUCGGGAUUGUGAUGAUGGAUCGUAUUAGUUAAGAGAAUUCGCGAAAGCCUGCGGUUUUAUUAUGCGUCGAUUCGAUUUUUUGAGUCUGCGCGAAAAGGAGCGUGUACGCUUUCGAAUAAGUCGAAGUAAAGAAAAAUCGCGUUGUACGAAAGAGAGCGAGAAUGAGCGCGAACGAUUGAGAAACGGGGACUGAAACGAGCGUGUCGUUAAAGAUCGUUCGUUGAGCAACAGCAGGUGUUUUCCCCUAUUUUUGUGGACAAGUUAAUGGGCGCGAAUGAGAUAUUGCUAUUCCGCCGGUACUAUACCGACACGUUUGGAUCAAAUUUUUGCCGCAAGUUGAAGAAGGAAGAGGGAACAGGUGUGUACGUGUUAAUGGAUGCACGUGUGCGUUGUGUGUGUGUGUGUGUGUGUGUGUAUGUAUGUGUGUGUGUAUGCGUGGAGCGCGCCAAGCGCCGCUAGACCUUCUAUUGUUGGUCUAUAAUGUGUACAGUCAGUGAAACUAUUAUUAUUAUUAUUAAGGGUCAAACAGGUUUUACGGAUACGAAAAAUGAAACGUUGUAAAUCAAAUUUCUUGGGAGUGUCUAUGGAAAGUGUCUCACAUUCGUUCGGUUAUGGUAAAGGAAAGGAAGGAAGGAGGGUUUUAUAUAUCGGGUAUAAUAUGGAACAAGAGGAGAGAAAAAAAUUAACGGUGAAAUUAAUCGGAAUAGAAGCCCAAUCGCGUAGGAAAUUUUUCGAUGACGGUUCCCAAGUAGCGAGAAAAUUAGAAAUCUAAAUUAUUAGUCUAUUUAUUAUUUAUGUCUAUCUUUUUUUUCUUUUUUUUUUUCUUUUUUCUUUUUUCUUUUCUUGUUUUUUUAGUCCAAGGACGAUAAAAGGACCGUUAAACACGGACGGACGUACAAGACGAAUAGAGAAAAAGUUUAGCUUAAUACGUUUCGUUUUUAUUUUUGUCAUAAAUUUUACUGUCAAAAUUUUUAUGUCGCAUUUUUGCGCGAUUCCUGCACCACGUGCAACAAUGUUUUUUAGGAACGACGAUUGACUACCGAGUUUGAUAAUGAUAGUCACGGAUUGAUUUAGGAUGUGUAAAGUGUACGCAACGUUUACAAAUGCAUGAACACAUACAGCACACAUUUUGAGUGUUGACUCGUUGUUAUUGUUAGCCUGUUAGUUAAUUAGUAAGAGUUGUAAGUGCGGGCUGUAGUUGGUCCCUGUCCCUGGAGCCCAGACACCCCCCUGUUCUGGAGAAUAUUCGAAAAAAGGAAAACAUAAGUAGAAUCCAAUACUAUUUUACAUGCACCCCCGAAUUAUGACGGAAACACAGAAUCGGAUAAACGACAAAAAAUAAAUAAAUAAAUAAAAAACAGAGGAAGAAAGAUUAUAAUCCAGUUGUAAUUGAGCGACUGCGCAUAUAUCACCGUAUCGUCUUAUAGUACAGCAUCGACGAAAGAACUCUACCGUGUAUUUUGGCCCCAUCGGACAUUGCACAUCAGUAGGUUCGAAAUACGCAAUUUCAUACGGAAAUAACGAAAGGAAUGAUAAGGAAUUAAACGCGUAGGCAAGAAAGCACGAUUCCCAUACAAUGAAAGUACGAAUCGAUCGAUUCCCUUCGAACAAAAAGAAAAAAAAAAAUUAUCUCGAUGCGGAUCGAUUGUUCGCGAACUCUCGUAUUUAUGAGCAUUUUGUUACAUUUUAUUCACAUUUUACUUAAGUCUAAUUCUUCUUCGUCAUCGAUACUGUUUUGGUAACGAUGAUAGAUAACUAUAUCUAGUAAUAUAACGAAUGAAAACCCCUCAAUUUUACUUCCUGUCCCCAGUCAAUGCGACCAUUGUUUAAAGGAGAAUGGCGACGGAGAGCUUUAGAGAGAGGGAAACGGAGGGGCGAGGGAGAAAAAAGCCAACAGUCGAAAAGAAAGAAAUUGAUCAUAUCUAUACCGAUCAAUAUGAUUACCUUUCAUUCCUUUAGUCCCCCUCCCCCAUAAACUCAUUAUUCACUUACCGUAUUUUAUACCUACCUACUCUACUUACCUACACACCCUAUUUAUAAAAAACAUAAUAUUGAGGAUAUAAUAAUAAUAAUUAAUAUUAACGAAUAUAAUAAGGAUGAUAUUGCUAAUCAAUACUGAGUGGGUUUUUGUGACACGAUAACGUUUCACUAUAAAUUCUGGUUUUCCUGCGAAAUUAUAAUAAAGGAAGAUUAAUAAACAUAUGUAAGGCAGGCAGGCAGGCAGGUAGGCAGGCAGGCAGGCAGGCAGGCAGGCAGGCAGGCAGGCAGGCAGGCAGGCAGGCAGGUAGGAAGCAAGCAAAACAAGAAAGUAAGAAGGAAAUAACGAACGGACGGACGAACGAACGAACGAACGAUAAAAGAGUGUAAAAGUUCAGCUUGCGGGGGGCAAGGAAGCAUAACUGGCAAAAGCGGAGGCAGUUCACGGUGACGAGACUUUAGACUGAUCUAGGUACUAGCGUUACGAUAUUGGCCCUGCCCCAGCUUCGAGGCACCCCACAAUAUUAUAUCACUUACCCUUCGCUAUUUUAUACUUUGACCGGUGUGGCAGCUGGGGUGCCUGGGGGGUUAUCGGUCGCAUUUAGGAUAAUGCACCACUGUGGCUGACGAUGCUGUAGCCGCAAGCGCGCCCUUUUACCCGGUCAUUGCCCUAAUUCGCGGCACACAUCCUUGGGAACUUGACUCUUUUUGGUUGGCCCGUAUCAGGCGGAUGUUGUGUGAUUUUUGGGUCGAUCAAUUUAUGUUAAUAACGACCCAAAGACGUGUUUUUUUUUAAUUAUAUAUAAAUAUAUUAUAUAUUAUAUUCCUGCGAAUAUGCAUUUUGUGACGUGAUGUUAUUUAGCACUAAUGAGGAAAACAAAUUACAAAAAUGAACUAUUGUACGAGAAGAAAAUGAAAAAAAAAAAAAUAUUGUACGUAACAACACUAUUCACACGAACAUAUAUACGGUUUAUGUUUCUCGCGCCACAUUGCCACGUGUCAGCUCCACGGCUAAAAACGAACGACAAAUUCCUUACGACCAAAUUCUUCUAUCGUUAAUAAUUGCGUUUUCAAAUUUUUCUUUUUAAUUAUUCACCUUCCAAUUGCUUUGCUUUUUUUUUUUAAUUCCCGCGAUUUUAAAAGUUGCCUCUAAUUUUAGUGUGACGUAGUUGAACGUAAUGAUUAUUGAUGAAUUUAAAACAAUGUUGAAAUGGUUCCUUUUUCGGGCUAGGAGCUUGAUUUAAAGUGUCAAAGAUUUUUGUGUAUGACCAGAUGUAUUCUACAUGUCUCAAUAAACAGUUGUAUGUGAAUUA